AUUCACACUAUUAAAACUAAUAUUAUCAUUACGCCAUUAUAUAAUGAUUAUUACAAAAUAAAUAACAAUGGGCACUUCAUCAAAGAGCAAUAGUGACAAUUUAGAUUCAGAAUAUGCUGUAGCAGGAGCUAUUAGUGGCUUUGUAACGCGAUUUGCUUGUCAACCAUUAGAUGUUGUAAAAAUUAGAUUUCAGUUACAAGUCGAACCUAUUACUAACUAUCAUGUUAGUAAAUAUCAUUCUUUACUGCAAGCAUUUUACUUAAUAUUUAAAGAAGAAGGUAUUUCAGCUUUUUGGAAAGGACAUGUGUCUGCCCAAUUAUUGUCAGUUAUAUAUGGGAUGAGUCAGUUCUAUUCAUAUAAUGUGCUGAUACAUGAGUUUCAUAAUUACCCAUUAUUAAACAAAUGGAAAUAUUCAACAAAGUUUGUAGCUGGUGCAGGUGCUGGUUUUAUAGCUACAACAAUAUCAUUUCCUUUUGAUACUAUAAGAACCAGAUUAGUAGCACAAUCGAAUAAUCAUAUAGUAUAUAAAGGAAUUUGCCAUUCUUGCAGUUGUAUAAUACGACAUGAAUCUCCGAAGGCCUUUUUUUAUGGAUUAUUACCAACUUUACUGCAAAUUGUGCCACAUACAGGUUUGCAAUUUGCAUUUUAUGCAUUUUUCACUGAUAUGUAUAAGAAAUGUUAUGAUGAAGCUGAUAUUAAGUUUUCCAAUUCUAUGAUUUCUGGUAGCGCAGCUGGCUUAUUAGCUAAAACUAUAAUAUAUCCCUUUGAUCUUAGUAGAAAAAGAUUACAAAUACAAGGCUUUCAAAACGGUAGAAAAGGUUUUGGUAAUUUUUUUGAGUGUAAUGGACUUAUAGAUUGCUUAAAAUUAACUAUUAAAAAAGAAGGAGUAAAAGGGUUAUUUAAAGGUUUAAUACCGAGUCAGUUGAAAGCUAGUAUGACAACAGCAUUACAUUUUACAAUAUAUGAGCAAAGCUUAAUAGCGUUAAAAGUAUUGAGAUUAUAUAUUUCAGAAUAGUAAAGUUAUUGAAAUGUUAGUUUUAAUAUUAAAAGAGUACAAUAUAUUCUCUUUUUACUGUAUAUGUACAAAAACAUUUAUAGAGACAUAUACAGAAUUAAGUUUAAAGCUGGUUUAGUUUCUUAUAUAUUUAUUUGUGAUAUUAUAAGUAAUAUUUAUAAUUGAAGUGGACUAGGCAUUUCAGCAGGGACUCCUUUCAAGACUGCCAUAAUAUUUUUAGCAGUAAUUAUUGACAUUUCUUCUCGCGUUUCUAUAGCAGCACUACCAAUAUGAGGUAGAAUAACUGAAACAUAAAUAAAUUGUUAUUUUUAUUAGAAACUUAUAGAUAGAUUUUAGUAGACAUACCGCAAUUAUCUAACUUCAGUAGCUCAUUAUCCAAUGGAAUAGGUUCAGGAGUCAUAACAUCUAAACCAGCAGCUCUGAUUAUUCCAUUUUUUAAAGCUUCUAUCAGAGCAGGUUGAUCAACAACAUCUCCCCUACUAACAUUUAUAAAUAUAGCAGAUUUUUUCAUUUUUUGAAAUGUAUUUUUGUUAAACAUUUGUCUUGUAUCUGGAGUUAAAGCUGUUGUUACAAUUAUAAAAUCACUUCUUUCCAACAA